UCUGCAUUUCCUUAUUCCUAUAUAGUUGUAUUCCACUAGAACUCACUCGAAUAUGGCCUCUAAAAUACUUGGUUCAUCUCUUCUCUUCAUCACAACAAUAAUCUUGGGAGUUUGGAGCUAUCUAGUAGCUUCAACCUUUGACUACCAACAUUCCAUGCGAUUGAGGCAUCAACAAUGGAUGGCUUAUCAUGGAAAAGUUUACGUAGACACAUAUGAGGCAGACAUGCGUUUUAACAUAUUCAGAAACAAUGUUGAACGUAUUGAAACCUUUAAUGCCGGUCCGAAUAAAGGGUAUAAGCUUGGCGUUAAUAAGUUCGCUGAUCUAACUAACGACGAAUUCCGCCGGUUACAUCUUGUCGGCGGGUAUGUGGGGAGGCAGAACCAGAAAGUUGAAGGAUUCAUGUCCGCCUCAAAAUCAAAACAUUUCAGGUACGCUAAUGCCACCAACUUACCCUCCACCGUGGAUUGGAGAAAUAAAGGAGCUGUCACACCCAUCAAGGACCAAGGCAAUUGUGGGAGUUGCUGGGCAUUUGCGGUAGUGGCAGCAGUGGAAGGCAUCCAUAAACUGAAAACCGGCAACCUCGUCUCUCUCUCCGAGCAAGAACUCGUCGACUGCGACCGGAAAAGCUACGGCUGUGACGGAGGCUUUCCCAUCUCCGCUUUCCAGUUCAUCGUCAAUAACAACGGCCUCACAACCGAGGAAAACUACCCCUAUAAGGGAAAACAACACCGCGUUUGCAACUUCAUGAAAACGGCGUCAAAGGCGGUGCGCAUCUCCGGCUACGAGCGCGUCCCUGCGAAGAACGAGACGGCUCUAAUGCAAGCGGUGGCGCAUCAGCCGGUGCUGCUAGAAAUCAACGGCGGCGACUUCCAUUUCCGGUUCUAUGAGAAAGGAGUGUUUAGCGGGAAGUGCAAACCGCACCUGGAUCAUGGGGUGACCGCGGUGGGAUAUGGAACGACGGCCGGCGACGGCGGGAAGAAGUAUUGGGUGAUAAAGAAUUCAUGGGGGACAAGAUGGGGAGAAAAUGGGUAUAUGAGGAUUCAAAGGGAUUAUGCAGAUAAGAAAGGACUAUGUGGUCUUGCCAAGGCUGCUUCUUAUCCCACUAUAUAAAUUUAGGGAACUUCGUUCUUAACUCCGAUUCCCAUCAUAUAUAU